AUGUCAACAUUAUCGCCAACUGACCUUCCUAAUGAUGCAUCAAAUGUUCUGUAUGAAAAUCGCGAACAUUUUCAAGCUAUUUUUACUAAUGAUUCUCGAUUUUUUGAUACAAGUCUUCAUUUAUUUAAAUCUUAUUGUGCAUUAGGUUAUAUUCAAACAGGUGAUGAAAAAGCUAAAAAAAAUAGUUUUCCUUUUCUAACAAUAUCACCACAUGGAUAUAGACAUCGUUUGAAAACACGAUUGUUAGGUAUAACUCAUAAUAAUAAUAAUUCUACUGAAACAAUAAAAGCUUUAUUAACGCCAACAUUAGUAAGAAAACAAGAUCUUUUAAUUCGUAAUCGAACCGGUUCAGACUCUUUUACUAAUGAGACAAUAAAUCGUCAUGAAAAAUCGUCAACAGUUGUUCAAUAUCAACCAUCAACAAUACCAACCGUUAACAUUGCUAAUGAUAACCAAAUCGAUGAAGCUGAGAUAACUAUAACAAAACUAUAA